CAUUUCCACUUUUUCUAACUAGGUUGCCGGCCGGAAACCUACAGCCAUGUCGGAGGAGAACAGACAGUCUUCCUAUCCGGACAGCACGACAGGCUUCGGCGGUGAUAUAAACAGUAACGACACUUAUGAGAAGCCCUACGACCAAGAAACUGCCGCCGGCUAUGGAGGGGAUAAUAUGUGCCAAGAAACUGCCGCCGGCUAUGCUGGAGGGGAUGAUAUGUGCCAAGAAACUGCCGCCGGCUAUGGAGGGGAUUAUUCCUGCAUGAAUGAGAAGCAGACCACUACUGAGGAUGGGUAUGGUCAAGACUCGUGCGGCGGCGGUGUUGACUAUUAUUUUGAGGACAAGCCUGCCGGGAAAAGCCAUGAGGAUUUCGAAAAGGAGAAAAAACACCACAAGCAUCUCCAGCAGAUUGGUGAGCUUGGCACCGCCGCCGCCGGUGCCUAUGCCCUGUAUGAGAAGCACGAGGCAAAGAAAGAUCCGGAGCAUGCGCACGAACACAAGAUAGAAGAAGAGGUUGCUGUGGCGGCGGCCGUCGGCUCCGGUGGCUUUGCGCUCCAUGAGCAUCACGAGAAGGAGGAAGCCAAGAAAGAUGAAGAAGAGGCUGAGGGACACAAGAAGCACCACUUCUUUAAUGAUCUUGUUUCAUUAAUUACGACAAACAUUUGAAUUUUGUAAUUUAUUUAAUUUCGAUCGUACGUAUCUGCUGCAUCUUGUUAAGUUUGUGUAUUACUGCCUAUAUAGGGAAAAUCACACUUUUAGUAUCUGAAAUAGUCACCAUAUUGAAACGUCGGAGCUGUAUUUCUGAGAUUGUAAAUGUCACCCCUCAAUUAUCCAAAAUAAUGUAAAUGUGGUCCUUUGAAGUGUGAAAUGUACUUCUCAUCCACAUUGUACAUUUCACACCUCAAAGGACCAUAUUCACAACAAUUUAGACAAUUGAGGGGUGAAAUUUACAAAGCGGAAAAUACAAGUAUGACAUUUCAAUAUGGUGACUAUUUCAGUGACUAAAAGUACGAUUUCCCGCCUAUAUAUAUAAUAAUCCGUACGUGUGUGAAUAAUGGCCCUCCCUUUAAUUUCCGUUUGUGGGUGCUUUGAUAGUUUGCUGUAAUAAUAAUAAGAGCUUAUAAACGCUGCUUUAUCCAAUAAAUAAUACUUGUACGUAGUAC